AUGAAUGGAAAGCAGACGCUUGGCAUCGAAGACCACAGUGUUACGGGGGUUCAUGGCGACCUGGUUCUUGGCGGCACCUACGACAAGAAAGCUGCUCAUGAUCCUCAGUGUCGAUUCGGUACGUCCCGAAACUCGGACAUAUCACUGCAGGAGAAUCACCCCAGCAUUGCUAGGUCUUCAGCAGCACAGAUGGAGCAAAGGCACUGUAGACACUGCAAGGGCGUCCCCAGAGCAGAAAACAGGACACGCACUCGCGAAUCAGCUUGUAAUACAAUCGCAACGUCUGUUUUUCCGAAGGCAGUCAGACUGAACAAUAUCUUAGACUCCGCAUCAUCUUCGCCUGCUGGAGGAACCGCCGCGGGGAUGAAGGUGGGCAAACGCCUCCACAGCCUUUUGGAGAAACGCAUAGAAAUACCUCCACCAGCCCCGCGGGGACAACACGACUCAGACCUCACCUAUCGACCGGGAACUUGGCCGAAGGACAUAAAGUCAGCCAAGAACCCAACCCAAUCAAUCGAGAGUAAUGCUUCUCUGGAGAGCUGCAUCCUCCAGCAAGGAGGGCUGGGCACUUUCUCGGCAAUUCUGGGCAUUGCGGGCGGCUCUCUAGCACAAUUUCUUGGCUACGACUCUAGCCGACGACACCUCAUCAAUUCGCGAUUCGUGAUUUAA